GCAGAGAGUACGCGGAUGGAUUUGGGAUACGCGUAACCUCCAUCUGAAUACGUCCGAUGCGAUGCUCCUCCCUUUUCCCACCACCUCCCGUCUUCGCUGAUCCCGUCAAUCGCCUUUCUCCUCUUCCACGUCCUCCUUUCUACCCUCUUCGGGGCGUGUUCAUAGCAAACGCGCCAUCAAGAUGAUCGACGCCGAUAAUAAGUACGUAUCACUCCCUCGAAUGCUACUAAACCCUCCUAAACCAGCUCGGCGCGCAGGCAACUUCUCUAUCUCCACUGCUCGCCUCGCAAUCCAGCUCCAGCCGCGACCCUCCCUACCUACAUACGCUAGGUCGUCGCUAGCUACCUAGCUUGAAGUUUGCGACUUAUUAGUCUCGAAGCGAGAAUGGGAGCUGCCUCGUCGCGGGAAGGGGACGCUGCCCGCGCGGCGGCGCGCGAGCACACGAAGCGGUGCCGGGAGCGGCGGCGGCUCGCGCGGGAGGCCGUGCGCCUGCGGCGGCACCUCGCGGCCUCGCACGCCGCGUACCUCCGGUCGCUCGGCGUCGUCGCGUCCGCGCUCACGCGCUUCGCGGUCGGCGAGCCGCUCCCGGUGUCCGACCACACCCCGCCCGCCGUGAUCGCGCACCGCCCGGUCGUCGUCCCGUCCUCGCCUCCGCCGUUGCUCCGCGCCAUCGACCAACAACCGCAGCCCGAGGCGCGGCGGGGCGGCGCCGUUCCUGCUGACGUCGGCGCUGUUUUUGAGGAGACGAGGAUGGUGGUGAGGCACCGGAGCCUCGCGGAGGUCGCGGCGGGGCUGGAGGAGUACUUUGUCAAGGCCAGCGUCGCCGGAGACACGGUGUCGGCCCUGUUUGAGGCCAGUACCACCGAGUUCAACGGUGCCUCAGCCUCACACAGCUUCUUGGGCGCGCUCUGCUGCCUUUCGGCGCCAACGCUCGACCGCAUCGACAGCAUGAGCAGCCGGCAGAGGCACAGCGCCACCUUGCAGCAGCUCCUGGCAUGGGAGAAGAAGCUCUACAAGGAAGUCAAGGCCAGAGAGAAAUCGCAAAUAAGGCACGACAAGAAGCUCGCUGAGCUGCGGGACCAGGAGUACAGCCGGAAGAUCGACGUCGACAUCCAGAAGCUCAAGGCGGCGUGGGACAGGGCGCGCGGGCAGCUGGAGACGGCCUCCCAGUCCGUGGACGCGACCUCCUCCGCCAUCUCCCAGCUCCGCGACGCCCACCUCGCGCGCCAGCUCCUGGAGCUCUGCCACGCCGUGCUCGACAUGUGGCGGGCGAUGCGGCAGCACCACGAGGCGCAGGGCCUGCUCGCGCAGCAGCUGCGCGGGCUGAGCAGCCGCACGUCCAUGGACCCCACGAGCGAGAUCCACCACCGGGCCACGCGGGCGCUCGAGGCCGCCAUGAACGCCUGGUCCGCGGCCAUGGCGCACAUGGCGAAGCACCAGCGCGACUACGUCCACGCCGUCCACGGCUGGCUCAAGCUGACGCUGACGCCGGUCAACGGCGCCGCCGAGGCCUCUCCCGUGGCGGCGGAGCUCGCCGCGUUCGUCGACCGGUGGGGGAAGGUGCUCGACCGCGUGCACUGCGUGGACGUGCUCAAGUCGAUCAAGAGCUUCGCGGGCGCGGUCCGCGCGAUCCACGCGCUCCAGAGCGACGAGCUGCGGGUGGCGCGGCGCGUGAGGCAGUACUCCCGCGAGCUGGACCGCAAGUCCCGGAUGCUGCGGCAGGUCGAGAAGAGCUACUACGACUCGUACCUGCCCGGGGGCAUGUCGAUGUGGCACUGGGGGAGGCAGGCGCACGAUGCGGGCAACGAGGUGGCGCAGCGCAGGGACGAGAUCGCGGCUUGCCGGAAGAUGGUGGAGGACGAGAUGCGGAGGCAUGCCAAGGCCAUAGACGCCACGAGGACGGCCACGGUCACGGCCGUGCAGGGGAAGCUGCCUGCCGUGUUCCAGUCGAUGGCCGCGUUCUCGGCGUCGCUUGCGAACUCGCUGGAGGCCGCGUACAGGGCUCCACAGCAGAACACCAACAUGCAGGAGUAGCUAAUAUCCGCUCGUUCUUCCUUGCGUUUGCAAUUUGUUUUUCUUGUUUUCAGGACCUAUACAUACAAUACAAAAUACAAAUAGAGAACGUAGAAUAAGGCACAAGACAACAUUAUCGACUUGUCGUAGUGUUUUUGGCUGUGUUGUUAGCCUUUGUCAAUGCAUACAAAACUGCAUACA